UAAUGGGGGUGUGGUAGGAACAUGCCAGAACAAAUCCUUCUCAGGAAGAACAGCAGGUCUUCUGGGACAGAAGUUUUCUUUGGUUUACAAAAAUAGCUCAGAUGCAUUCUGGAGUCCCUACAAUCUUACUUUCAACCAUAAUGACAGCCCAAAUGAAAUGCAUUAUUUGAUUUAAUACUAAGAAUAAAAAAACCCAAACAUCCAGAUGAUGAAACUGAGAUUAUUUACUUCCGAUUCAUCCAGCUAACAGUUUAACCAAAUAAUCUGUUCUUCUGACUAUCCGAGCUAUUGCUUUAAAUGAAUACUCUGCAAUUACCUCCUUGGAGAACAAAUAUGCACAGGCUGGUGCGGUGUAGAUGUAUUGGUGUAUGUAUUGGUAUGGGCGUAUAUGUAUAUAUGCACAUAAAUUCUUUUUCUGAAUAUGAGGAUCUGAUGGAGAAUGUGUUGUUAAACUGUAACGGAGUCUGGCAUUUUACAAAAUAAGCAAUAUGAGCACAUUUUUAAAAAACUGCAGGAUUUCAAAUGUAAAAUUGUUCCACUGGUCAUAUGGUCAGCUAACAUAUUAAUAAAAGCAUGAUGCAUAUCAAAUGAAAUACACAUAGCUCCUGGCUUCUGUGUCAGUAAAGUCAAUGUCUGUAAUGCUCACCCUGUUAACAGUGUUUUGCAGAGAACCAUGAUGUGGCUGUUUGUUACCAUUGCUUGUUUAAUGUGCAGUACUGAAAAGUCAGAAGGACUGAUUGGAAUGACAGAUGCGAGCCCCGAGGCGUUCAUGGAUGUUGGUGAAAUUGUUCGCUACCAUGGAUACCCCUACGAGGAACAUGAAGUCGUGACAGAUGAUGGCUAUUACCUCAUCGUGCAGAGAAUUCCUCAUGGCAGAGACAACCUGGGAAGUACAACUACCUCCCAUGAAGCAGAGUCGCAAGGCUCCAGCAUGUUCUGCCCCACUCCAAAGACUGUGGUGCUCUUGCAGCAUGGCCUAAUGUUGGAGGGAAGCAACUGGGUUAUUAACUUGCCCAAUAGCAGCCUCGGCUUCAUCCUCGCAGAUGCUGGCUAUGAUGUCUGGAUAGGAAACAGCAGAGGGAACAGCUGGUCAAGAAAACACAAAGAGUUUGCAUUUCACCAGGAGGAAUAUUCAGCUUACAGUUUUCAUGAAAUGGCCAUGUACGACCUUCCAGCAACAAUCAACUACAUUCUACAGAAAACUGGACAGGAGCAAUUAUACUAUGUGGCUUUCUCUCAAGGCACCACCACAGGUUUCAUUGCAUUUUCUUCCAUUCCUGAGCUGGAUCGCAAAAUCAAGAUGUUCUUUGCGCUGGCUCCUAUUACCACAAAUUCAAAUGUGAAGUCACCCUUGGUGAAGGUGUUUGACCUUCCUGAGGCACUGAUUAAGCUCAUUUUAGGACGCACCGUAAUCUUCGGAAGGGGGAAGAUCUUGCAGCAGGUGACUUCGCAUCUGUGCAGCUAUUCGAUCUUUAAAAGCUUUUGCUCCUUGGUCCUUUACUUGUCUGGUGGGUUUACCAACAACUUAAAUGUGAGCCGCAUAGAUGUCUAUCUGUCCCACUACCCAGAUUCAACAUCCCUAAAAACCAUGCUACAUUGGCGCCAGCUCUAUCUAACAGGGGAUUUUAAAUAUUAUGAUUAUGGCAAGGACAACAUGCUGCAUUAUAACCAGACCACGCCUCCCUUCUAUGAGCUGGAAAAUAUGAAAGCACCACUUGCUGCAUGGUAUGGUGGCAAGGACUGGAUUUCAGCCCCUGAAGAUGUUAAUAUAACAUUAUCUCGUAUAACCAAUGUGGCAUACAAAAAGUAUAUUCCUGAAUUUGUCCACCUUGAUUUUCUUUGGGGUAUGAAAGCAUAUGAAGAAGUGUACAGAGAAAUUCUUGAACUGAUGGAGCAGAAACUCUAGAGUUGGAACAGUGGCAAUAGUUGUUGCGGUCUCAUUUAUCUUCUGGGGCUUCAUUUAUUUUUUAAAAAAUGAGGAAGAAAAAAGAGCGGAAAAAGGUUUAUUAAACUGCUACACUUGUUAUGCAUUUAUAUUACUCUGGCAACUGAGGUAAAGAGGCCAAUCCACUGGUAGGGAAAUCAUAUAGGAUUUGGGUUAAAUAGGUUGGGGUCUGUGUGGAAGUUUGGCAUGCCCUUUGACCCUGAAUUUCCCAGGAACCUAACACAUGUGGAUGUCCAGGGAGACGUGAUUUCAGUGGAGUUUGGCACCUGGCCACUGUUGUGGGGCUCUGGCUUCCCUAUGCUUUAGUUUCCAGCUGCAACAUCAGGGUGGUAGCUCAACUCUGUCUGGACGCUGUGGUUUUAUGAGAGUAGGUAUGCUCAGAUAAGACCACAUGGUGAGCCGAGCGAUGGAUCAGUAAAUGGGUGUGUAAUGGGUAAUGGGUACCAGUGCAGCUUUACCCAUUUUCUGGCGACUCUUCUACAUCAAAAAACCCAGUAAUCUGAAGUUCAUUAUUUUAAUUUAUGGUUUGAAGAAGCUAGAAACGUUCCGCCCGGUGAAAAUGAAAAGAACAGGUGUUUUUCAAUGAGAACUGUCCAUUUUGCUAAUGUAGAGAACAUCUUUCUUAAAAUGCAUAUUGAUUCACCUAAUACAUAACACUAUCAGCUCAUGCACAACAGGUUUUUCAGGAAGUUCUACUAAGAAACAUCAUUUUGCACCAUUUUAAGGAAUAUUCCCAAGGCACAAACCCAGCAGAAAAGGUCACCUUUUGCUGACUUUCAGGAAAAGCUUUUGUUUUCCAAAUCUGCGAGAGAGAAGGGUCUGGUGGAAGCCAGGAAAAAGUCUAACUCUGUUUUCAACUUUUGAAUUAUGCUUC